AAAUACAAAAUAUCACAAGGGCAUAAACGACAUUCGAUUAGGAACUAUCUGUUCAGACAUAUGAAAGAUUUGCUGUGUCAGAGUUACAAAAGCCUAUCCCAUGCUUUACUACUUCUUCUCUCUCUCCCCUUCUCUACUGUAACCUUAUUAGAAGUUUCCUUAUUUUCUCUUGGAAAAUGCAAGAUAUUCAUGAUUACUCAAUGACCGGAAGCGGCGGAGGAGGAGGAGGAAGCACGGUGAGGUUUCUAGGUGGAGAUCGGAGAAUGAGAGUGCAUCAGAACAAUAUCCUGAACCAUCACCAAUCUCUCAAGUGUCCUCGUUGCAACUCUCUCAACACAAAGUUCUGCUACUACAACAACUACAACCACUCUCAGCCUCGACACUUCUGCAAAAGCUGCCGUCGUUACUGGACCAAAGGCGGCGUCCUCCGUAACGUCCCCGUCGGUGGUGGUUGCCGUACAGCCAAACGUUCCAAGUCUAAGCAGCCUCCGUCUUCGUCACUUUCCACCGCCGACAAACCAACGACUGCACAAGACGGAGAGGAGAAACCAAGCAGCAGCGAGACCUCUUCUCUCACCGCCUCUACCUCCACCGCCGUCACAGCAAAGGUUACGUCUGAUAUGUAUAAUCUCAAACUGUACGGAAACGGGAUAGAAUGGUCUACGUUGCUCGGACAAGGCUCAUCUGACGGUAUGGGCGGUUUUAUUGAAACGACACCGUUCGAAUUCGGAGGUAAUACUGUACAUCAGCAGUUGGAGGAUCGAACGGCUCUGGUUGAUCCCAGUAUGGGAUUUGAGCCGUUGGAUUGGGGAAGUGGUGGAGGUGAUCAAACACUCUUUGAUCUAACCAGUACCGUUGAUAAUGCACACUGGAGUCACCAAGAUCAGCAUGAUUUUUACCUUCCUCAAUUCUCUGACAGAUUCUCUUCUUUUUGAUCCACAAAAAUAUUAUACACAUAAGGUAAAGUUUUGAAGUAUUUUUAUGGGUUUGAAAACGGUUUUUUUUUUUUUAUACAAUAUAUGUGACUGGUUGUAAGAAUAUUCCCAAAAUAUAAAAUAUACAUAUCUCUUGUUUUUUUUUUUUUUUUUGUUUAACCUGGGGGUAUCCCAGCCCAGAAGGCCCAGACUAAUCCCCAAGGGGAAGGAAUGCCCACGGAUAGACGCCCCUCCCAGUUUUUCAAAUGGGCCGAAAGCAUGGCCCAUAUCCGUGUGGGUGACAAGAGCGUUGCAAGGUAGUUCCCUCCGGCGUGGAUCGAACCCCCUACCUGGGUGCAGGCGGGGACCCGUCCUAACCAUUGGGCUACAACGUCUUGUCUACAUAUCUCUUGUUUCUUAUUUUUUAAUUAAGAAUAGCCUAAGAGUACAAAUUUUUAGAUGUGGAAUGGUGUUAUAAUUUGGCUUCGAUUUACUUAUCGCUGUAUGUUUGAUAAGAUCUUGAUUUUCUAAGAUGUUUUUCAUUGAUGUGUCUAAUAAGUAAUAAUUAACUUUAUAUC